CGCGUGUUUUUGUCUUAUAACAAUAAAAUUUUGAAUACCAAAAUGAAGGUGCUAAAUUCAAUAUUUUUUAUAUUUGCGAUAUCUUCGAUAAAAGCCGCAACGGUUUCUGAAUGCGAUGUAGUGCCCAUAUUAAAAUGGAGCGGUUCCGAAUCGAACCGGAGCACGGGACUGUCAAAACCUAUAAAUUUAGUCGUAGUACAACACACGGUCAGUCAAGAUUGCUACACUGAUGACGACUGUGAGAGGAUAGCCAAUGGAAUCCGAGUUUAUCAGAUGGAAGCACUUAAUUACGAUGACAUUGGUCAAUCGUUUUUAAUUGGAGGUAACGGAAAAGUUUACGAAGGUGCGGGAUGGCGAGUCGGCGCACACACAAGAGGAUACAAUGACAGAUCUAUUAGCUUGUCCUUCAUAGGCGAUUUCAGAGAAAAAUUACCGACGUCUCAAGCAUUACAAGUUACUGAAGAUUUCUUAAACUGCGCGGUUUACAAGAAACAUUUAGCAAUGAACUACAAUCUAGUUGGUCAUCAGCAGCUCUCUUACACUCUAAGCCCUGGAGCCAUGUUACAGAACCUCAUAGAAAGCUGGCCUCAUUGGGUAAAGGAUGUUAGCCAAGUUUGAAACGGCAAGAGAAGAAAUCAUAAUGUUUUUUAAAUUUAAUUUUUUUUUACAAAAGCGCAUUGUUUUAUGAAAAUAUAGUAUAGUUUAUGUAGGUAUUCUAACGUUAUGUUGGUUUACUACUGUAACGAUUAAACAAUAACACAGAACUGAAGCAUUACAAAGAAAUAAGUAAGUCUCUCUGUUUCAAACACGAUGACUAUAAUCACGUUAACACUUUCUUUUAAUCACCAAUCUAAUCCGACGAACGUUAUGAAAUAUCCGUACAACCUUCGGAAAAAUUAAAUAAAAAAAAAAACAAGUUACUUACUGGUUAUGUAGAAAAUAUAUAUAUUUUUUUUAA